UCCCAGUCGGAGACACACGGACCCAGGCACCGGAUAAACCUCGCCCGCCCCAGGACGCACCGCUUCCCAGACUUUGUUGUAGUUUGAGCCCGGACCCGGUUGUGUUUGUGCCGCUGUGAGGAUGAGUGUGGCGGUGGCGGAGGGUUGUUUUCUGUCCGCCCUGCAGCCCAACUCCUCCUGCACCGCAUAUGUGGUUCCCUCGGACGGCCCGUCUCCGGACCCGGUGGCCAAGGCCAGGAGGGUCCGGGAGCAGGUCCGGAUGCGUUUGGCUGAGAAGAAGUCCUCCUCCCUGCCCCGACUGGACGACUCCAUGCUGGGUUCAGUAGAUUACAGUUUUCCUGGACCAAAGAGCUUCACCCACACCCAUGGCUUCAGUUCCAGAUCUAUGAUACACACGCCCACCCGGGUCUUGGCUAUGCCCACAGCACCUCUCCACUCCUCUGGGUUCUCAUCUCGCUCUGCCACUGAAACCAACUCCAAGGUGAACCACGUCGGCACCAGUGUGGUCCACACUAACUACCAGGCCACCCAGUCACACAGCAGGAGCACACGGUCUAAGUCGUUUUGCCAGUCCGACCAGGAGGGCUUUCCGCUCACUGUGUUUGUUCCUCCAGAGAACGUCCACCAUUCGCUGCCUGUGCCAGCUCCGGGCACCUUAAGGCGCAGCCUCAGCGGGACCCUGGCUCAGGGCCGGGGGCACUGGCAGGACGAGGAGCUGCCCAGUCAGUACACGUACAAAGGUCCGUCUCACCGCACCAUCAGCCGAAUCACCAACCGCCAGCAGCAUUACCAGCAGAGCUUUGGCCAGGACGGCUGGGUGGGCACGGGCAGGGGCGUCCCGAUAGCCGGGGAUGGGUGGGGGUCGCAGUGGCAGCAGCAUGUGUCCAGGGGGAGCCAGGGAUACGGGACCGGGCAGUACCAAGGCCACCUGCACCGGGCGGCUUCGGUCCGCAGUGUGAGGAGCGUGGGCAAAGGAGUGGAUGUGUUAGACGGAGCAUCGAUACACAGCAACGACCCCCUGGGAGGGAUGCAGGGUCUGGACAUGGCUACAGCUGUGAGAUAUCUCUCUGAAUCAGACACCGCCUUGCAAGUUUUGGGAGCAGCAUAUGUACAGCAUCAAUGUUACCAUAGCAACGACGCUAAAAACCAGGUUCGUGUUCUGCAUGGCAUUCCAGCUCUGGUUCAGCUUUUCUCCAGCGACAACCAGGAAGUUCAGCGUUUUGCCACCGGCGCCACACGAAACCUCAUCUAUGAGAACAUUGACAACAAGGUGGCGCUGAUAGACGCCGGUGGAGUGGCCCGUCUCGUCAGCAUCCUGGGCGAACCAGACGAGGAGCUUCGAAAGAACAUCACAGGUGUCCUGUGGAAUCUGUCGUCCAGAGAUAACCUGAAAGAGAAGCUGUCCAAGGAAGCUUUAUCAGAGCUGACAGAGAAGGUCAUGAUUCCUCUGUGCAGUAGUAUCCCACUCAGCCCAUCGGAAAGAGAUAUCUUCUACAACACCACCGGCUGCCUCAGGAACCUGAGCUCCGUGAAUGAGAGAACGAGGCAGAAGAUGAGAGACAUGCGAGGCCUGGUGGAUUCUCUGGUGUCAUACAUACAACAAGAAGAGAGAGCAGAUGACAAGGGGGUGGAAAAUUCCCUGUGUGUGUUGAGGAAUCUCUCCUACCAGCUGUACACGGAGCUUCCUCUGUCAGUCCGACACCGUCUGGAAGGUCCGACGAGAGCCUCCGCCUCCAAAGAGAUUGAGCCCAUCGGCUGCUUCACCCUGUAUAACAAAAAAAACACAGAGCAGCGGAACCAGACCUUGUCCAUCCUGUCCGAGGUGUCCCGGCAGCCGAAGGGCGCAGAGUGGCUGUGGCACCCAAAGAUUGUGGCGCUGUACAAGCUCGUCCUGCAGAAUAACGACUGCAGCUUCACCAGCCGUGAAGCCUGUCUGGGAGCUCUGCAGAAUAUCACCGCAGGAGAAGCUAGGUGGUCGUCAGUGCUCAGUAACGUGGUGUUGGAGCAGGAGAGGAUGCUGCCCAUCCUGAUGGACCUGCUGGACACCGACGUCGACACAGAGCUCAGACCUCUGACCGGUCUGCUGAGAAAUCUGGCCAGACACUCCACCAACAAGGACCACAUGGCCAAAAACACGGUGAACAUGCUGGUGUCCAAGCUGCCCAGUGACGGCCUUCAGAAAGUACCGUCCAGCGAAGUGGUGGUCAACAUCUGCGGCGCCCUCAACCACCUGGUCACCGGCAGCUCCUUGGCCGCCCGCGACAUCUCAUACUUUAACGGCCUGUCCAAACUGGUGGGAAUCAAAACCUCCCACGACAACAGCUCUGGGAGUCUGAAAGCUGCCAGAGCGGCCUCAACUGUCCUCUGCAACAUGUUUCACUACAGCAAACUACACAAAGACUACAAACAGAAAGGAUUUACCAGAAGAGACUUCACAGACAUCACCAUCUAAACAGCAGCGUGUUACAUUCUGAUCAUGUGACUUUCGGGCCAAGGACGUAGCAGUGAAUAGAAGAGGAUCGACGGGAGGAUAUGCUGCAAUGUGAUGAUAAUUGAAUCGACGGACUAAAAAAAUAAAGAAAAAAAGGGAAAAGGAGCCAAAUGAACGAUGGACAAACUUUAACUUCCCUCUGGUUUGCUUGACUUACAACAAAUACAUGUAGUGUAGGCAUUGAUUACAUGAAUUUACUGGAAUCCACACAUACAGACAUUGGACUUUACCCUCCAAAACUGGGGGCUGGGGGAUAAACAUAUUCACCCUUGGAUAAAUUAUUUUGGACUGAUGUUAAUAUCUGCUGCCCACAUUUUCAUUGUUUUCCUAGCACAUUUAGAGUCAUUAGUGAUCUUUUUAUGAUCACUUUUAAAUUCCCUUUAUAGAUUGGCAAAUGAAUGUAUCAAUCCGACAUUAAUGUUUGUUUUAUCUGUCUGAAUAUACAAUAUUGUUUGUACAGAGGCUUUAAGUGUUGAAUUUAGACAGCAACUGAGCUCUUAGACUUAUUUGAACUAAAACACACCUGCAGACGCUUAUGUAGAGUAGAAUAAUAAGAAAGACGAAGAUUGUAGUAAGAAAGUGAGGAUGUGUUUGGGUCAGAUUUACCUGAAAACAAGCUGUUAUUAACAUUUUUCAUCCGUCGACAUAUAUUUUUAAUGAUUGAUGAGAGGUAACGUUGAAAUAUUUGGGAUGAGAACUUUCUCUACUCUUUGCAUUAACAGCUUGGUUACUGUCGAAAGAUUUAAUAUUUGUGGUUUCAAUGCAAGAUGUGAUAAACAUGGGGAAUGAUACAAAGGGACCGAUGUUGACUACUACAGUAAUAAAUCAGAAAUGGACGUGUCUUCUUCUGAGUUGAAUUAAAACUACUUACACGAAGCAUCUGCCACGUUCAGUUUUCAGUUCAGAUUUGAGAAGCUACUGCACCACAAUGAUAGAGUGUACGUAAUAUAAUAAAAUACGGGCACAGAAUAACCAAAACAAGACAGUCUGUCUUUGGAAAAUAACAUUGUGUGAUCACAAAGAUGUAAAUCAUGGCCUUGGAAAUUAUACUGAGUGAGCAAUGGAAGUGAGUCAGAGAUUAUAAAUACUGUUGUUAACGUCAAAAAGUCUGACUCUGACCUGUAAAAUCAACCCUGUUAAAUGAAGUUUAAUUAAAAGGCUGAAGAGGA